AUAGGUUGUGGGUUCGAUCUUUCAUCGUAAAGCAAGAAAAAUAGUAAUGUUUUUCUCUCUUGUUUCUUGAAUAACAAACAAGUGAAUAUAUUAAAGGAUCAAGGCCCAACAGCUCAUAUUACCUUCCUUCCUUCCAUCCAAUACACCACCGGCGAGACCUGCUGGUUCGUGUUCCUCCCCACCGGCGAAAUUAGGAUUUUCUUCCUUCCCGCCUCCACCAACGCCGUUAUCUUCGGCUUCCACCACCGUCUAAUUGCGGAUGCUACUAUUUUCUUCUCACUCUAAAAUCUUGUUCUUCAGUCUCCACCUUCCUUUCUACACUUUUACCAUCUCGCCACUACUAGCUACAAUUCCACCACGAGAAUCACGUAACCUAAUCCAAUUCAAUAUUGGAUUUCUUCGUCAGCUUUAACAAUUACUCAAUUCAACUCAAUUUAUUUCAAACCCUAAACAGAUACUUGCUUCUGAUGGAAAAGAACCAGCCAGUUUUUGUCAAAGAUGCUGUUCUCAAAUUGCAAAUGGCCCUCCUUGAUGGCAUCCAAAGUGAAGACAAGCUGUUUGCAGCUGGAUCUUUAAUAUCAAAGAGUGACUAUGAAGAUGUUGUAACUGAAAGGUCCAUUAUGCAUGUGUGUGGCUAUCCUUUGUGCCACAAUGCUUUGCCAACUGAUCGCCCUCGGAAGGGUAGAUAUCGGAUUUCAUUGAAGGAACACAAGGUGUAUGACCUGCAUGAAACUUACAUGUAUUGUUCUCCAGGUUGUGUGGUUAACAGCAAAGCUUUUGCUGGGAGCUUGCAAGAAAAGAGGUGCUCAGUUUUAGAUCCGGAGAAACUGAACAAUGUUCUUAGGUUGUUUGGGAAUUUGAAUCUGGAACCAAUGGAAAAUUCUGGAAAGGAUGGAGAAUUAGGUUUUUCUGGUUUGGAAAUCCAGGAUAAAACAGAAACAGGCACUGGGGACGUGUCUUUGGAGCAGUGGGUUGGACCAUCAAAUGCAAUUGAGGGUUAUGUGCCCAAAAAAAGAGACAACAGUUUUAAGGGUUCUCAGAAAUAUACUAAAAAAGGAUCCAAAGCUAGUCAUGGGAAGUUGGAUGAUGGCAAAAGUUUACUUAGUGAGUUCGACUUCACGAGUACAAUAAUUAUGCAAGAUGGGUAUAGUGUUUCGAAGGUACCAUCAGGGCAAACAGACAAAAAUGAUGAUCAUCAAGUUAAACCAACAGGCAUAUUGGAGCAGCCAAAAAGGGAUGACAAUAAAGUUGUCAGGAAAGAUGACAAUAUACAAGAUCUGUCUACAUCUUUUAACAGUAGUCUAAAUUUAAGUACCUCAAAAAAAGAGAAGGAAAUAACCAAAUCAUGUAAAGGUGGUCUCGAAUCCUCUCUUGAUCCUUCUGUUGAAAAGAAAGUUGUCCAUUCCAUCACCAUAUCAGAAAGACAAUGUGACGUAGAACAGAAUGAUUCUGAAAGGAAAUCAAUACAACUCAAAGGGAAAACAAGUAUUUUUGCUGCUAACGAUGAUACUUCCGCUUCCAAUUUAGAUCCUGACAACGUUGAAGUGAAUUUCCAUAUGGAAAAAACUAUUGGAUCAUGCGGUACUAAACCGAAAUCUUCUCUUAAAUCUAACGGUAAAAAGAAACUCAGUCGUUCAGUUACUUGGGCUGAUGAGAAAACCAACAGUUCUGGGAGUAAAGAUCUUUGUACAGUGAAAGAAUUUGGAAACACUAAAAAGGAAUCUGGUGUGGCAGAUAAUAUUGAUGCUGAUGGUGAUGAAGAUAUGUUACGUUGUGCAUUAGCAGAAGCUUGUGCAAUUGCAUUGAACCAAGCAUCAGAGGCAGUUGCAUCUGGAGACUCAGAUGCCAAUGAUGCUGUUUCUGAAGCUGGAAUCACUAUAUUGCCACAUCCUCCUGAUGCUGUUGAGGAAGGUACUGUGGACGAUGAUGACAUUCUAGAAUCAAAUUCAGUUACUCCGAAAUGGCCAAGGAAACCCGGAAUUUCUGAAUUUGAUUUGUUUGACUCUGAAGAGUCGUGGUUUGAUGCUCCACCAGAAGGUUUUAGUUUGACUUUGUCGCCUUUUGCUACUAUGUGGAAUUCCUUCUUUUCGUGGAUAACAUCAUCUUCUUUAGCAUAUAUAUAUGGGAGGGAUGUAAGUUUUCAUGAAGAAUUUCUGUCAGUUAAUGGGAGAGAAUAUCCUAGCAAAAUUGUCUUGACAGAUGGUCGAUCAUCUGAAAUAAAACAAACAUUAGCCAGAUGUCUUGCUCGAGCUUUACCUGCAGUUGUUGCUGAGCUAAGGGUAUCAAUACCAAUAUCUACAUUAGAGCAAGCGAUGGUAUGCUUGUUGGAUACAAUGUCAUUUACGGAUGCACUACCAGCAUUCAAAAUGAAGCAAUGGCAAGUGGUUGUUCUCUUGUUCUUUGAUGCAUUGUCCGUUUGUAGAAUACCUGCUCUUAUCUCAUACAUGACAGACAGGAGGGACUUGUUUCUCAAGGUUCUGAGUGGUUCACAAAUAGGUAAUGAAGAUUAUGACGUUUUGAAAGAUCUCGUUGUACCACUUGGUCGCGCACCUCAUUUCUCUUCUCAAAGUGGAGCGUAACAGCAUAGAACUUCCAUCAUAAUUGGCCAAAAGCUUCAACUCUAUCAAACAGGCAUAUAGGACUUUUAAUCAUAAACACAGUUUUACCUUUAUCUUUUUUGGAAAUUACCUUUCAAACAUUGGAGUGUUUGUUGAGUAAAUAUAUUCAUAAACUUCAAACAUUCAACGAUAAUUACACCAUGACCACUGCAACAGAGGAACCAAAUUUUUUUUACACGCUACUGUAAUGCUAGUUUGCGGAAGUGAUAAAUGCAAAACGAUUUUCAAAUGGAUAAUAUUCUGAGUUAUUGUCAUGUGUUUAAAUGAUAUUUUGUAUAUUC